UCUUUAUAAUCUCGACUCCUGCUUCUUCCUGCGAACAGGAGCUCCCUCCUGCAAGUAAUGUCAUGCUUGGAUGAUAUGAUGGAUGCACCCUUUCUUUUUGCCAGACCAGCUGGAGCCAUUCAAUGAAAUUCCAAACUCUUCUCAAACAAUUCGCCAUGUUUCCUGCUAUCCACUUGGCCGUGACGCCCGCUCAAACAUUGGCCCCAAUAAUGCCCGCGUUUCCGUUGGGUGCACGGAUCAGGCAACCCAAGCCCGCCCGCCCGCGAGGGUAUCUGUCUCUUAAGCACAGCUGUCCAGAUGAAAUAAUUCCUCCGGACAACUCUCACUAUCUUGCUAUCCUCCUAAUAGUGUAUUUAUCCCCGUGAGCUGGUUUUGCGAUUGUCAUUCUUCCGGUUUCUUCUUUCUGAGAUACCCUUUUUCUAACCCACUGGGAUUCCUCCAAGCUCUGCGACUGCGUCACUUGGAGCUGUAGUGCUGUUAGCUCUUCGUAUGUCUUUCUUUGAACACGACGCCAGAUGCGCCCAUAUUAACUCUUCAUUGACAGCCAAUUCAGGAGUGCUGGACCACCGAAUCUACCUCCUCGCACUAACACUCACUACCAAUCAAUUGUUACUUGCAGCCACAUCGCUUUCAACUCCCAUCAUCUGAGCGCGAACCGCAUCCCACACCACCAUGUACCUGUCCUCUUCGGCGCUCCGAGGCGUCGCGUGGUCUGCCAUCGCCUUUUCGGCUGCUCAGGCCUCGUACAUUAUAGACUCUCACAGUUUUGGCCAAGAUGGCAAAGCAGUCUCCCCGAACUUGCGCGCCAUACCCCACUUCAACCUGAAAGGAGAAGCGUGGGACCCUGAGAUCCACUCCGAUCGUGUGAUUCUUACUCCUCCAUGGCCUGGAAACAAGCGCGGUGCUCUGUGGAGUGAAGAGCCCCUACAUCAUGCUGGCGAUUGGCAAGUUGAUUUGGCCUUUCGUGUGUCGGGUAUGGACAGGGGAGGUGGAAACCUCCAGUUGUGGUACACGAGAGACUCGCAGAAGGACAGUCCGCCCGCAAGCUUGUACACUGCGAACAAGUUUGAUGGCUUGGUGCUGGUCAUAGAUCAAUACGAAGGACGGGGAGGAUCCAUCCGCGGUUUCUUGAACGAUGGCAACAUGGAUAUCAAGGCCCAUUCAGAUCCAGAUACGCUCUCUUUUGGCCAGUGCGACUAUGCGUACAGAAAUCUUGGUGCAUUGAGCAACAUCCGUCUCAAGCAAGCACAUGGCACUCUUGAAGUCACCAUUGAUGGUCGCCCUUGCUUCUCCACCAACAAGGUCAAACUCCCUGAAGGCUACUACUUUGGAAUCUCCGCGUCCAGCGCUGAAAACCCCGAUUCAUUCGAAAUCCAUCGCUUCAUCGUCUCCACCACAAACACAUACACACGCGAGGAGCCCGGGAGCCACCACCAACAACAACAAGAUCACCAGCAACAGAGUCCAGACAAGGUCCCACCCCGCGUGCACCAAGCCUACCGACAAAUGCUCAAAGACCGCGACCAGCAGCGCCACGAUGCAAGCCCCAACAUCCCACAAAUGGUCGAAGACGUCUUCGCUGCCAACAUCAAGUCGCAACAGGACCAAUUCGAAGACUUGCACAACCGCAUUCAGAUCAUCACGCACCGUAUCGAUGACCUCUUCGAUAUGCUCGACCAGUACAUGAUCGACCAGGACGAGCGCUUCAACCAGAUCAUGGGUCGCAUGACCCCGAUGCAUGACCAAGUCUCCGCUAUUCAGCGCAACGUCGAGAAGGUCGAGCGCACAUCUAUGGAGACACUCAGGGACUUGGAGAGCAAGGACUUCAAGGAUAUGAUUUAUCAACUCCACCUAGCUGUGGAACAAGGCCACACCAGGAUCAGCAGCGCACUGCCUACUCAAAUGGCCGAUGUCGUCGGCAAACACGGCCCCAGUAUGACAACUUUCCUCUUCAUCGCUGUCGCUAUGCAGAUCAUGGUCCUAGGAGCUUGGAGAGUAUACAAAGCGAGGAGACACGGCGCACCCAAGAAGUACCUAUAA